UGUGUGUGUGUGUGUGUGUGUGUGUGUGUGAUGCAUGUGUGUGUGUUUGUCCUACAUUGGCUGACCCAGCCCAUGGGAGAAUGUCUCACUCUGUUCCUUGAGCGCCUUGGCUACCCCACCCUAUGGUAGACUUUUACUGUCAAAAGCAAAUGGGCUGGACCACGGAUUUCCAUGUAAAUGUUAUGCAGGUUGAUAUCUGAAUGGCUCAGACAGGAAGAGUAUGCUUCCUGCUCGAUGCCGUCAGCAUGUUAGACCCAUUGACUUGAGCCAGACUUCUCCAUGAGAAUGGUGUUGAACACUCAUAUUCUGAGAGCCUGCCACAGCCCAGGGAACACUCCACGCUACCAUCACCUGGACACACUUCAUCUACAGAAAGUACUGUGACUCCAAGUGAUUCUGGAUCAGAAAUUUUGAAUAUGGCUUCUGCUGACCUUGGAUGUAAACCACUGGGUGAGAAAGAGGAGGAAAAAAGAUCAGUUUCUGCUGGGCUAAAGAGCGGAGGCAGAAGUCCAGCUCCUGAAAAUAUUGUAGUCCAGGGCUCCGUGAGUGAAGGAAAAACCACGUUAAAUCUGGAAGCCAAAGCGGAACCAGGAACAAGAGAGGAGCACAGAAAAGAAUGUGCUGCAGGAGAUGCUGCUCUUUCCUCCCUUCCUGUAACCACUGUGAAGUCCGUUAACUUUAGACAGAGUGACAACAUUUCUACUAACGAGAAGGAGGUAGAGGCCGAGUUUCUCAGAUUAUCUUUGGGAUUUAAAUGCGACUGGUUCACCUUGGAGAAAAGAGUGAAGCUUGAAGAAAGAUCCCGUGACUUGGCAGAAGAAAAUUUGAAGAAAGAAAUCGCUAACUGUCUAAAACUGUUAGAGUCUUUAACCCCUCUUUGUGAAGAUGACAGCCAGGCUCAGGAAAUCAUUAAGAAGCUGGAGAAGAGCAUAACAUUCCUCAGCCAGUGCACAGCACGAGUGGUCAGUAGGGCUGAGAUGCUGGGAGCCAUUAAUCAGGAAAGCCGGGUUAGUAAAGCAGUAGAAGUGAUGAUUCAGCAUGUAGAGAAUCUGAAAAGAAUGUAUGCCAAGGAGCACGCUGAGUUAGAAGAACUAAAACAGGUUCUUUUGCAGAAUGAAAGGUCUUUUAACCCUCUUGAAGAUGAAGAUGACUGCCAAAUUAAAAAACGUUCGGCUUCCCUAAACUCUAAGCCAUCUUCUCUUCGAAGAGUGACCAUUGCCUCUUUGCCCAGAAAUAUUGGAAAUGUGGGAAUGAUGGCUGGGAUGGAAAAUAAUGACCGAUUCAAUCGGAGGUCAAGCAGUUGGCGUAUUUUGGGCUCAAAGCAGAGUGAACAUCGUCCCUCACUACAUCGAUUUAUUAGCACCUAUUCCUGGGCAGAUGCUGAAGAAGAAAAAUGUGAACUAAAAACUAAAGAUGACUCAGAACCACCUGGAGAAGCAGCAGUAGAAAGGACAAGAAAGCCCAGUCUUUCUGAAAAGAAAAAUAAUCCAUCAAAAUGGGAUGUAUCUUCGAUUUAUGGCACAAUAGCUUCCUGGGCAACAAGCCUCAAGACUUCCGUCAGAGAGGCCAACAGGGCACUCUGGCUUUCUGUCGCACUCAUUGUGCUGUUUGCAGCGCUGAUGAGCUUCUUCACAGGCCGAUUCUUCCAGAAGUCUGUGGAUGCGGCGCCCACACAGGCCGGGGACUCCUGGAUGUCUCUGGAACAUAUCUUGUGGCCAUUUACCAGACUCCAGCACAAUGGGCCACCACCAGUGUGACUGCAGCACAUCCCAAUGUGUGUCUUGAUUUUUUUUUUUUAAAGUUUCAGUAUCUGAACUUUGUAAACUAGUAACUUUUAGCUGGGAGAUUAGAGCAUGGAACCAGAGGUUCUCAGAAUGACUGCAAGAUAUUUUAUAGUCCCCCCCUUUUUGUGACUGCCUUCCUCACUGAAGUACGAUGGGGAGGAAGGCUGCCUAUGACUUUUUAAUGAACUUUUUGAGGAGGAGAUAUUAUUGUUUGUUAAAAUUUAUUGAAAUAAAGAACCAUUCAAAUUUUCAUA